UCUCGCUCGCGCGCUCCGGCGGGCGGGCUGAGCCGACGAGUCGAGCCCCCACCGCCGCCGCCGCCGCCGCGGGAGAACCCUGGGCGCCCUCUCUGCGUCGCCUUGAUCUCGGUAACCCCUGCCCCCCUCCACCUCCGGCCGGGCCAUGGCGGAACGCGGAGCGGCGGGCGGUGGUCCCGGAGGCGCCGGGGGAGGCAGCGGCCAGCGGGGCUCUGGGGUCUCCCAGUCCCCGCCGCAGCCGCCGCCGCAGCAGCAGCCGCCGCCGCAGCAGCCGACGCCCCCCAAGCUGGCCCAGGCCACCUCGUCGUCCUCGUCCACCUCGGCGGCGGCCGCCUCCUCCUCGUCCUCGUCCACCUCCACCUCCAUGGCCGUCGCGGUGGCCUCGGGCUCCGCGCCUCCCGGCGGCCCGGGGCCAGGCCGCACCCCCGCCCCCGUGCAGAUGAACCUGUAUGCCACCUGGGAGGUGGACCGGAGCUCGUCCAGCUGCGUGCCCAGGCUGUUCAGCUUGACCCUGAAGAAACUCGUCAUGCUAAAAGAAAUGGACAAAGAUCUUAACUCAGUGGUCAUCGCUGUGAAGCUGCAGGGUUCAAAAAGGAUUCUUCGCUCCAACGAGAUCAUCCUUCCAGCAAGUGGACUGGCGGAAACAGAGCUCCAGUUAACCUUCUCCCUCCAGUACCCUCACUUCCUGAAGCGAGAUGCCAACAAGCUGCAGAUCAUGCUGCAGAGGAGAAAGCGUUACAAGAACCGGACCAUCCUGGGCUAUAAGACCCUGGCCGUGGGGCUCAUCAACAUGGCAGAGGUGAUGCAGCACCCAAACGAAGGCGCUCUGGUGCUUGGCCUUCACAGCAAUGUGAAGGACGUCUCCGUGCCUGUGGCGGAAAUCAAGAUCUACUCCCUGUCCAGCCAGCCCAUUGACCACGAGGGAAUCAAGUCCAAGCUGUCUGACCGUUCUCCUGAUAUUGACAAUUAUUCUGAGGAAGAGGAGGAGAGUUUCUCAUCUGAGCAGGAAGGCAGUGAUGACCCGCUGCACGGGCAGGACCUGUACUAUGAAGAUGAGGAUCUACGGAAAGUAAAGAAGACCCGGAGGAAACUAACCUCAGCCUCGGCCAUCACAAGGCAACCUAACAUCAAACAGAAGUUCGUGGCCCUCCUGAAGCGGUUUAAAGUUUCAGAUGAGGUGGGCUUUGGGCUGGAGCAUGUGUCCCGGGAGCAGAUACGAGAGGUAGAGGAGGACUUGGAUGAGCUGUAUGACAGUCUGGAGAUGUACAAUCCCAGCGACAGUGGCCCCGAGAUGGAGGAGACCGAGAGCAUCCUCAGCACACCAAAGCCCAAGCUCAAGCCUUUCUUCGAGGGGAUGUCGCAGUCCAGCUCACAGACAGAGAUUGGCAGCCUCAACAGCAAGGGCAGCCUCGGCAAGGACACCACCAGCCCCAUGGAUUUGGCUGCUCUAGAAAAAGUCAAAUCUGCUUGGAUUAAAAAUCAAGAUGACAGCUUGACUGAAGCAGACACUCUGGAGAUCACUGACCAGGACAUGUUUGGAGACGUGAGUGCCAGUCUGGUUGUGCCGGAGAAAGUCAAAACUCCCAUGAAGUCCAGCAGAACCGACCUCCAGGGCUCUGCCUCUCCCAGCAAAGUGGACGGGGUGCACACCCCCCGGCAGAAGAGAAGCACCCCCCUGAAGGAGCGGCAGCUCUCCAAGCCCCUGAGUGAGAGGACCAACAGCUCUGACAGCGAGCGGUCCCCCGACCUGGGCCACAGCACACAGAUUCCAAGAAAGGUUGUAUAUGACCAACUGAAUCAGAUCCUGGUGUCAGAUGCAGCCCUCCCAGAAAAUGUCAUCCUUGUGAAUACUGCUGAUUGGCAGGGCCAGUAUGUGGCGGAGCUGCUCCAGGACCAGCGGAAGCCCGUCGUCUGCACCUGCUCCACGGUGGAGGUCCAGGCUGUGCUGUCCGCCCUGCUCACCCGUAUCCAGCGCUACUGCAACUGCAACUCCUCCAUGCCGAAACCGGUGAAGGUGGCGGCGGUGGGCGGCCAGAGCUACCUGAGCUCCAUCCUCCGGUUCUUUGUCAAGUCGCUGGCCAGCAAGACCUCCGACUGGCUGGGCUACAUGCGCUUUCUCAUCAUUCCCCUCGGUUCUCACCCAGUGGCAAAAUACUUGGGCUCCGUGGACAGUAGAUAUAGCAGCACCUUCCUUGAUUCUGGCUGGAGAGAUCUGUUCAGUCGCUCAGAGCCCCCGGUGUCAGAGCAACUGGACGUGGUGGGGCGGGUGAUGCAGUAUGUCAACGGGGCGGGCGUGACACACCAGCUUCCUGUGGCCGAAGCCAUGCUGACCUGCAGGCACAAGUUCCCUGAUGAAGACUCGUAUCAGAAGUUUAUCCCCUUCAUUGGCGUGGUGAAGGUGGGUCUGGUUGAAGACUCUCCUUCCACUACAGGCGAUGGAGAUGACUCACCUGUGGUCAGUCUUACUGUGCCCUCCACAUCACCGCCCUCCAGCUCGGGCCUGAGCCGAGACGCCACGGCCACCCCUCCUUCCUCCCCGUCCAUGAGCAGUGCCCUCGCCGUCAUGGGGAGCCCCAACAGCCCAUAUGGGGACGUGAUUGGCCUCCAAGUGGACUACUGGCUGGGCCACCCUGGGGAGCGGAGGAGGGAAGGUGACAAGAGGGACGCCAGCUCCAAGAACACCCUCAAGAGUGUCUUCCGCUCAGUGCAGGUUUCCCGCCUGCCCCAUGGUGGGGAGGCCCAGCUCUCCGGCACCAUGGCAAUGACUGUGGUCACCAAAGAGAAGAACAAGAAAGUUCCCACCAUCUUCCUGAGCAAGAAACCUCGAGAAAAGGAGGUGGAUUCUAAGAGCCAGGUCAUUGAAGGCAUCAGCCGCCUCAUCUGUUCUGCCAAGCAGCAGCAGACCAUGCUGAGAGUGUCCAUCGACGGAGUCGAGUGGAGUGACAUCAAGUUCUUCCAGCUGGCAUCCCAGUGGCCCACCCACGUCAAGCACUUCCCCGUGGGACUGUUCAGUGGCAGCAAGGCCACCUGAGGGCACUUGUCUUCUGGCCACUUUCCCUCCUGGCACUGCCAUCAGCCUCACCGCCUGCGGGCAGGGGGAGGCCAGCAGGCCCCGGCCCAGUGUCCCCUUUCCUGGCCCGGGGGCCUGCCUCUCCCUUGCCCAGUCCUGAAGGACACUGCCACUGGGGACACUGCUCCCCCGCUCACUGCUCGGUCCCACCCCUGGGCAGCCCCCUCCCGACCCCUCUUCCUCCUGUGCCUCCACUCCAGGCCCAAGGCAUGUUGAUUUUGCCUUUUGGCACUCAUUCCCGGUCCCUGGAAUCGAGUUCUCUGGGCCUUCCUUCACCUGACUUCCAGCCUCCUCCCCACAUGGCACCGGUUCCCCUCCUGGAAAUAGGAAACCUGGAGUCCUGGCCUCCCCCUGCCCCCAGCCGCCUCCAGGAUCUCGUUUUCUAAAGCUCACCUGCCAGAUGCUACUUAGCCUGCCCCCCGUCUAGUGGGGCCCAGGGCCACUUUCACUGCUGUGGGGUGAGAGGGGCACAGACCCCUGCUCCCAGCCACAGGGGCAGCUCCUACCCCUUUCUUACCCCAAGGACAGCGUUUCUGUGACAACGCAUGUGUUUCUGGGAUGGAGGGGCCUUCGUGGCCUCCCUCGUGCACGGCUUUCACUACCCCCAGGUCCCCUGUAGAUGCCGCGAGUGUCCCUGAGCGUUUCUUUGGUUCUCUGCACAGCCAGUCUCUUGGUGGUUCUGUGUGACUCACCUGGGCAGUGGUCCCGUCCCUGGGGCUCCCCCUUGUGGGUUACCCUCCUUCCCAGCCUCCCACCCUUUCCUCCCCAGCACAGAUCUGCCUUUGAAACUCUGGACUCGGGAAGCAGAUCCCUACCAACAGCAUACUGUCUGUGUCUCCCAGCCCCUUCAGCUCCGUUCCCACGUGUCCAUCCGUCUCCUUUCCCUGGUCUGUUCUGCCCUCCUCACUUGUGGUCCUCCCAGCCAGGCCUCC